AUGACAACAAAACAGAAACCAGAAACAAGAUUUGAGAAUAAGAAAACUUAUGUAAAGAGAAAGAAAAACUUUGUAAAAGUAAAUAAUGAAGAACUUAGAGAGAAAGAAAUUUUUUUUGGAUGUGGGAAUUUUUCUACAAAAGAAACACUUUGGGUGGACUUUUAUUUGUUAGAUAUUUAA